AUGUCCUGGUUCUCCAGAAUUAAAAGUGAAAAUAUAAAGGCUUACUUGAGAGGAGUUAAAAUCCUUGAGGAAAAACAGCAGAGAAGAUAUAGGAAGCUUUUAUAUUUGGCAGCUGCUUAUCUUUUUGGACAUGAAAUUCAUAGGACUUUUUUCCAAGAGGAGUGGGAACGAAAAAUCUGGGUCCCAAACUGAGUUUUGUAUUCGAGAAGAGAGCAUUACAUUAAUACUGAAUAUGUAAGAUUAAGAGAAGGGUACCCUACAACAUUUACGUUUUCUAAUUGGGAUCCUGAAUCAAAAAUGAUCUAUCAUGUAGAUCUUCAAGGAAACCAUAACUUUGAGAAAAUUGUGCUGCCUCCAUAUCACUAUGGAGCUUUAAAAGAUCCAAACGUGGUAGAGCAUUUUUCAAGGCUUGCAGCUUAUAAUUUGAAUAGAAAUAAAAGGUAUGAUCUUGACAACUACUUGAGACAUAAGACGGUGACAUUGGGGGAUUGAAUCACUGCAGUUUAUUAUUAUUUCAAUAUUUUAACAAGAAGCUUUGAUCCAUUUUGGUACAAGCCAGAAUUUUAUUAUAAGAAAGAGAGAGAAAUGAUUGCUCUUAAUUUUCAAAGGGAUAAUAAGCCGGACACAAUUAAAGAUAUAGUAAAAUAUGCAGAAUUGAAGCUUAGAGAGUAUGCUUCAAAUAUCAGUUAG